UACUGUAAAACGAGGAAAUCGAAACUCAGCUGUAUCCAAAGUCAGCUGAAUCGAAGCAUCAAGGAUAUUAUGCAGGAUACAUACUGCAGCAAAAAUAGAACAAAAUGGGAAACCAAAGAGCUGCUGUGAGAGGUGUACUUCGAUCUUAUCGUUUUAUGUAAUUUAGGAUCGAAUUCUGACGUAAUUUAAGAUGGAAAGUGUAAGUGCUGUUUCCAGACUGAAUGAGUACGCACAGAAAAAAAAGUUUUUACUUCAAUAUGAGGACCUUGGCUUUGGUGGCCCAAACCGUGAUAAACAAUUCACCCAGAGGGUAGUCCUGAAUGGUAAAGUCUAUCCUGAAGGUGUGGGGAAGACGAAAAAGGAAGCCAAGCAAGAUGCUGCUAAAAAUGCCCUGAGAGACUUGUCAGAGUGCACACAUCAGACUGCAGUUGAGAAUUACAACCCAGCUCAACAAAAGCAGGAACCAAAUCAAAAUUAUUCUGAUAUCUGUAAUAAGACAAGAAGCCUCAGUGUCAACUCUCAGGACAACAGCUCUGAACAUAAUUUCAUUGGAUUAGUUGACCACUACUGUCAGAAAAAAAACCACCACUAUACAUUCAUCGAAGACAAAAGAUUGGGACCAGCCCAUGAGCCUCAAUAUUCCUACAAAUUAACAAUCAACGGCAAGAAGUAUCCUGUGGCUGAGGGAAGGACUAAAAAGGAAGCCAAACAAAAUGCAGCUAAACUCGCCUGGUUUGACCUUCAAGAGCAGUCAGACUGGGACAGCAAGGUGUCCAUCAGAUCAACAGUGUCUGAAGGUGGUGCACUGCCUGUGUUGUCAACGCCAUCAACUCCCCUGGGUUCGUAUGAGGCAUCGUCACAAAGAACGUCAACAAGUACAAGUCCCUCAAUAACAUUCGAAGAUUCAACAAACCCUUCCCAAGCUCAGAUGCCCUUAGAGUCUGAAAGUGAUACCCCAACCAGGUUGUCAAAUUCACUAGAGUCUAUUUCAUCGUCACAAAGCAUGUCCACGAGUACAAGUGGCUCUGGAAUAUUCACAGAUUCAUCAAACUCUUCCAAGGAUCAGCAUCCUGUCAAAGACAAGAUCAUAGGAAAUACUGAAAAUCAGACAUCCACCCUUUCAAGGUUUACUUCAGAAUUUGAUAUCACUGAGUGUCUUGGAAAAGGGGCCUACGGUUGUGUUUACGCAGCAAGAGACAAACGGCUGAAACAGGGUUAUGCUGUAAAGAUUGUCCGCAGUAACGAGAAAGCUCUUCGAGAGGUGGGGACAUUGUCAAAGCUUCUCCACUGUAACAUCGUCAGAUACUACACAUUUUGGAUGGAGGAUUCAAUAUACCAAGAUCACACUACAGCUGGAAACUCAGCUGGCAGUUUCAGCUCUUCCCAGUCUAUAGAGGAUCCAUCAGCAAAGUACCUCUAUAUUCAGAUGGAGUUAUGCAAAACAAAAACCCUUAAGAAGUGGAUAAAUGAGAAGAACGCUCAGUCUCUGCAAGACUCCAAGAGAAGACAAGAAAGUGUAGCCAUUGCUCAGCAAAUAGUCAGUGGAGUCGAAUAUAUUCACCGCAAGGGGCACAUCCACAGAGACCUAAAGCCUGAAAACAUCCUGUUUGGAGUGGAUGGAGAAGUGAAGAUCGGCGACUUUGGUAUGGUCACCAAAGAUGAUGAUGAUGAUGAUGACACCGCUUUAAUGGAGAGAACUGGACUCAGAGGAACAUCGACUUACAUGGCUCCUGAGCAAAUAACGGGGAAGACCUAUGACCGAAAAGUGGACAUAUUUGCUCUGGGGUUGAUAUACUUUGAACUCCUUUGGAAACUCUCUACUGGCCACGAAAGAGGAGUGGUUUGGAAUGAUGCCAGAAGUCAGAAGCUCCCUGAAGAGUUUUCACUGACUUUUGCCAAAGAGAACGAAAUCAUCAAGUUAAUGCUGCGUGAGAAGCCAGAAGACCGUCCUGAAGCAAGUAAACUAACGGCAGAGCUGAAAAAAUGGGCUCAGACACAAAAUAUGGAUCAGGAAAGGGCUACAGUCUAAUCAUCUGGAGAUCUCUCUGUUCGAUGUCUGUCAUAGGAUAAAAUGAUUUUAUUUGUUAUAAAUAUAUGUAGAGAAAUGGUUAAGGGAUUGACUGCACUUCUCUGGCACUUUAUCUGAACUUUAAUUAAAAAAGGGACACUAUAUGCUCAUUUUCAGGUUUCAUAUUUGUAUUUUGUGCCUUUAUGUGUUAACAUGCUUUAAUCUUGAAAAAUAUAUUU